AUAAAGGAUUGGUUAUUUAAGGUCCAAUUAGCCGCUCAAGCCCAAAUCUCUCUCUCUCUCUCCCCUCGCCGGUAUCGGCUCGAUUCUUCUGUCACCACCGUGUCGCACCGGCUAUUGGGUCGCGCAAUGUUUUCGCUAAAUCUAUCUCAUCCUCAAUCUUUGAAACCCCAACAUCUCAAGCUCUUAUCUUGUUACACGGAUUUGUCUGCUCCUUCAAUCGCUCGAAAGUUGAUCAAGGAAUCAAAGCUAUCAAGAGAUUUCAGUCGAAAGAUACAAAUUGUAGACUAUGCUCCAUUAGUCCAAACUUUAAGCCAGAGAAGAUUGCCUGAUGUUGCUCAUGAGAUUUUUAUCCAAACGAAAUCAGUUAACUUGUUGCCAAAUUAUAGAACCCUUUGCGCUCUUACGCUUUGCUUUGCUGAAAAUGGGUUUGUUCUUCGAGCACGUAUGAUUUGGGAUGGGAUUUUAAACAGUUCUUUCGUGCCCGAUGUCUUUGUCGUCUCUAAGCUUAUGUCUGCUUAUGAGCAGGUUGGUUGUUUUGAUGAAGUUGCCAAGAUCACCAAGGAUGUUGCUGCAAGGCAUUCGAAGCUGCUUCCGGUUGUGUAUUCAGUUGCUAUAUCGUGUUUUGGUAAGAAUGGUCAGUUGGAACUGAUGGAGGGUGUUAUAGAGGAAAUGGAUUUGAAGGGAAUUUCGUUAGAUUCUGCUACUGCUAAUGCGAUUGUUAGAUACUUUAGUUUUUUCGGUACUUUAGAUAAGUUAGAGCAGGCUUAUGGCCGGCUUAAGAAGUUUGGAAUUGUGAUAGAGGAAGAAGAGAUAAGAGCUGUGUUGUUAGCAUACUUAAAACAAAGGAAGUUUUAUCGGCUACGUGAGUUUUUGUCAGAUGUUGGUCUCGGUAGAAGAAAUCUUGGGAAUAUGUUAUGGAAUUCUGUAUUACUGUCAUAUGCAGCUGACUUUAAGAUGAAAAGCUUGCAGAGAGAGUUUAUUGGAAUGCUUGAUGCGGGUUUCUCUCCUGACCUUACCACCUUUAAUAUCCGCGCCCUCGCGUUUUCUAGAAUGGCUCUUUUCUGGGAUAUACAUCUCACUCUUGAACAUAUGAGACGUUUGAACAUUGUUCCAGAUCUUGUGACUUUCGGAUGUGUGGUCGAUGCAUACAUGGAUAAACGACUAGCAAGAAAUUUGGAGUUUGUAUACAACCAAAUGAACUUGGACGAUUCUCCUGUUGUCUUAACUGAUCCACUUGCAUUUGAAGUACUGGGGAAAGGGGAUUUCCAUCUUAGCUCAGAAGCUGUUUUGGAGUUCAGUCCACGGAAAAACUGGACGUAUAGAAAGCUAAUUGGAGUUUAUCUGAAGAAAAAGUUGCGGAGAGACCAGAUUUUCUGGAAUUACUAGCCACCUGCCACCUGCCACCUCUUUGCUGCAAAGAGCGUCACGCUUUGCUCAUUAUCACAAUCCGUGUGAUAAACUCUUCCGAUGCUCGAAAUGAAACAUUGCAUAUAUAUAUGUAUAUGUAUAGAUCAUAUAUGCCUAUUUACAGUGUUUUAUUGUCAAAUAAAUAUGUAUAUUAGAUUACAUACAUAUAAGGUGUUGUUCAAACUUGAUAAGCUUAAAGCUUAAAGCCCAAGAAAGCAUAAGUAAGUCGGCUUAUGUUUUUAAGAAGGUUCUAGAAUUGUUUAGGAGAUAAGCUAAACCCAAUCCUAGUAUGUUUAGGAUUUGUCUAAUAAGAUCUCUAUAUAUAGAGGUGCCAAGUUGUGGCUAACCCUAUGAGAAGUUUGUGAGAUUGAGAGAUUGUGUGAGACCUUUGUUUGGAGUAAGUUUCAAAGGUAAUAAGAAAAGUAGUUCUUAUAAA